AUGGCAAGAAGCGCGCGGAAGCGCAUCAGCUACGUGCUACCGCUGGCCAAUUCGGCGGGCGGCCACCGACUCGGGGUCAAUGGGCUCGCCGUCGACCCCCAGAGCUCGACGCUCUACUCGGGCGGUCGAGACGGCGUGAUAUGCGCCUGGGACCUCGGACUCGACCUGAACCACGCCGCCGCCGCCGCCGCCGCCGACGCCGACGACGAGCUCGACCCCUUCGCCGACUCGCAUGCCACCGACGACAAGCCCCCGCCCACCCAGUUCCGCUCCCAGGUGCAGGCGCACACCCACUGGAUCAACGACCUCGUCCUCGCCAGCAACAGCGCCGCCCUCGUCUCCGCCUCGUCCGACAUCACCGUCAAAAUAUGGCGCCCCGCCGCCUACGAGGCCAUGCCCCCCGAGACCAUUGGCCUCCACACCGACUACGUCAAGCGCGUGGCCUCGCCUGGCCAGCAUGAGAACUGGAUCGCGUCCGGCGGCCUCGACCGCAAGAUCAGCCUGUGGGACCUCAAUGGCGGCGGCAGGAGGCUCGAGAUCCACGUUGGCGAGGACGACAACGCCUCGGCCAAGGGUUCCGUCUACGCCUUGGCUGCCACGCCGACCAUCCUCGCCAGCGGCGGGCCCGAGAGCGUGGUGCGUGUGUGGGACCCGCGGACGGGCAAGCGCAUCACAAAGUUCGUCGGCCACACGGACAACGUGCGCGACAUCCUCGUUGCCCAGGACGGCGAGACCAUCCUGACAGCCUCGUCGGACCAAACCGUCAAGGUCUGGUCCAUGACGGCCGGCCGCUGCAUGCACACCCUCACCAUGCACAACGACAGCGUGUGGUCGCUGUUCUCAGAAGACCCCCAGCUCUCCGUCUUCUACUCGUCCGACCGCUCCGGCACCAUCGCGAAGACCGACGUGCGCCAUUGCGCCGAGUGGGACGACGGUCUUUCCGUCGCCGUGUGCCAGGAGCACGAGGGCGUGGGCAGGGUGGUCAGCGCCGGUGACUACAUCUGGACCGCCACCUCGAGUUCGAGCAUCAACAGAUGGAGCAACGUCGACACCAGCGCCGAGGUGGAGCUGCCAGACUCUUACAGGUGGCACGGGAACAGCGUGCCUACCACGCGCUCACGUUACCCUUCGCCGCCCGCGUCCGGCCCAUCCACCAACGGCGCCACACCAAAGAUACCCGGCAAGGCACUUCUGCGCUUGUCAAACACCGCGCCUUACCCACAGCUCUUCGCCAAGGACCCAGACACAUCGACACUGGCCAGCACGCGGAAGCCUGCAGAAGUCUUGACUACGGCCGAGCAUACCGGCAUCGUCCCCGUGAGGAGCGCGCCAGACUUCUGUAUCGAAGGUCAAAACGGUCUCAUGAAGCAUCACCUGCUCAACGAUCGCAGGAGAGUCUUGACCAUGGACACGGCGGGAGAGUGCAUGCUCUGGGAUCUGCUACAGUGCGCGCCGAUCAAGUCAUUCGGCAAGAGGCACAUGGAAGACGUGCUCCCUGAAGUCAACACGCAGGAGAGCGUCGCGCACUGGUGCGCUGUCGACACCAGGAUAGGAACCCUGACAUGCGUGCUCGAGGAAAACUACUGCUUCGAUGCCGAGAUGUACGCUGAUGAGUUGCAACUCGAAGAGCAGAUCGACUUCCGCGAAGACCACAGGAUCAACCUGGGCAAGUGGAUACUGCGGUACCUUUUCUCGAACUUCAUCGAUGAGGAGAUCAAACGCGACGAGGUCUUUCGUGCCAAGCUGCUGCAAGAGAAGCAGCAGGAAGCGCAGACAGUACGACCGACGACCAUCGAGAUGCCCAACGUUGGCGUGAACGGUUGGAACGCUUCAGGGCCGGCUUCAGCCUCUACGCUGAAGGGCAAUGGAUUCCACUUCCCACACACACCUGGCAUGGGCAUCGGCCUGGCGACUCCUCAACUACCGUCCAGCAACGCAGGACGAGCACCACACCACAACGCAUACCUGACACCGACCACUGAAGACGGCAACCAGCUCGAGCCUACAAAGUCGCAGCGCAGCUCGACGCAAGACGGCCAGGACUACUUUGGACAGGGGGCCUCGACUAACGGCAACGGCAAUGGUAACGGUAAUGCCAAGCCUGCGGAGGCCACGACAGAAACGAAAGAGACGAAAGAGGAGACUGUUUCGUCACCCACCCUUGAGGACACCCCUUCCAAAAAGGGCAAGGGUAUGUUUGGCAAGAAGUUCAACAUGGGCUUCAGCAAGAAAAUGUUUGCUACGGGUACUGCUAUCGCUGCCGAGGCACCCAAGCCCGCUGUGGACGAGAAAGCGGAGGACAGCGACUCGCGAUCAACAAAGACGGACGAAAAGACUUUCGAGGACAAUUUCUUCGGCUCGAUACAGCGGAUACGGCAUGGCUACGGCGAGGUCUUGACCUCCGGCACCACAGACCUGGUCUCGGCGAUUGCGCCUAGCUUGCCCAGCGACACACCCGUGCUGAAGCCGCCAGCCAUGACCACAAUCCUCAUCCAAGAAGACCGUCCGGGCUCUGGUGGCGUGGCGGAUUUGUUCGAGGGCAAGGUCGGCACGCUGGCUCUGCAGGCUGAUCUCAUUGAGAAGGUCGCGCCCAUGUGGCUCGGCGAGGUGUUGUUACGCAACCAACUACCACCAAAGGAUAUUGUCAAGGUGUCUUUCGUCCUGGAGCCCUACCAGAAUUCUCUGCCUGCCAUAUCGACGGAUGGCAACAACCGCCUCAAUGCCAACCGCAUGCUGCGCGCCCGCAAGAUCCUCGGCUACGUGGCUGAGCGCAUCGAGCCCGCGCCGACAAAGGAAGAGCAGGAAACUGCAGAAGCAGAGGAGGACACGGCGCUACGACCGCACGAGUACCUCGAGCUGUACUGCAACGGCCAGCUCAUCGCACCCACCAUGACGCUCGCCUCGAUACGAGCCCACGUCUGGCGCGGCGGCGGCGACGUGGUCCUGCACUACAAAGCCAAUGGGCGCAAGGAGAUCAAACAGCAUCCGCAGCACCCGGGCCUGCCGUUCGCGGUGCAGCAGGGCGGACUGUCGUCUGGGCUUGGCAGCAGCAAUGCGAGUGAAGGGAAGCCGAGCAGCGAGGCGGGACGGAGUCAGCACUCGAGCCAGGGGGAUAGGAAUGCUGCCUUUGGGCCCUAG